AUGAGCCAACAAAAGUUGAAUGAGAUGCUCAUGCGGGAGAACGAGAUCCUUCAAGAGCAAUUGUCGGAUGUCCAGGAGAUCCUUCAGGACAGACUGAGAGGCAGAGAGAGAGCCGCAGAGCCGAGCCCGUGGGGGGGAAACAGCAGAUCACCGAUUGAACCAUCCGGUGGCGCGCAGAACAUCUCCAUAAGAGACAUGAUCGAGUCAAUCGACAAGUUCUCAGGAGAAGACCCCGAUUUGUACCCCGAAUUCAUAAACCAAUUCGACGAACAGGUACACCACAACGGGUUCUACACGGCGGCGACGAAGUACUGCAUUCUAAAAAAAUGUCUGACAGGAGAAGCACGGAAGUUGGUGACCACCACAACUUUCACGGAGGAGGACUAUCGGAAGACCAGAGAGCUCUUGGAAGCCACGUACGCGAAAGAUCGUGUACCGAAGCUCAUGAGAAAGUUCAAGGACUUACCGAUAGACCCGAACGAUUAUAUGAGAAUGGACACAGACAUAUCCAGGCACGUGGCAAUAGCCAACCAACUCAAUCAGAACGGGGUUCCGAUGGAUCACCCGCUCAUGAUCGAUGAGUUGAUAAAGAAGUUGCCAGUGGAUAUCAUGAGCCACGUAGUGAAAAGGAUGAGAUCGUCAAGAAUGACAUUCCUCCAAGUGAUCAGUGCCAUCCGUGACAAGAUCGUGGAGAAAGGCUACGUGGAACAAGCCCGAGAAGACCACAAACGAAAAAUGGAGUUGGCAGAAAUCUGCGCGGUGGGAGACAACAGAAAGUCAGAGAGCGGCCGAAAAGGGUACGGAAACAGAGAAAGACCUGAGAGUUCGGCGGACAAUCGGAAGAGCGGGUGGAAAAAGGGGAAAGAUGAGAGCAACCCAAAGCCGAAGGGGGAGACGGUGUGCAGAUUCUGCGGAUCAGAUCACUACACCGCCUUCUGCUCCAUGAGCAUGGACGAGAGAGAAAAGGUGGUGGAGGAAAAGAAGCUGUGUAGACAUUGCAUCUCGAAAUACCACCCCACCAAAAAAUGCAAAUACCCCAAGAAGUGCUAUUUGUGCCAGGAGAUGCACAGCAUGUUCUUGUGUCCACUGAGGAGAAAAAUUGGAGCAACCAGAAAAGAACAAGACCCAGUUUUUUUCGUGAAAGCUCCUCCUCCUCCCGCCAAUAAGCGGCUCAGGGCAGGCACGGAAUCGUACAACACGAUUCACGUGCCACAAGCUACCUUGCCCACAGCAACCAUAAGAACAGACAACGCCAAUACUGUUCAAACUAAAAACGGGGGAUCAGGAGAAGAGACUCGAGAAGGAGAGUCGGAAGAACAAAGGGAGAGUAAACUCGAAGAAAUAAUAAUGUGUAGUCAGGAGGACGCGUUAUACCGCCUUCCACAGAUAAAGAUUAACACACCCAAAGGGGAGAGAUUGUUAGCACUCAUUGAUUCGGGGGCGACGAGGUCAUUGGUAUCUGAACGAGCAGCGGAGAGACUGCGACUUCCGAUCUUGCGGUCGGAGGAAAUGAAGGUGAUAGGAAUUAACGGUGCGGGAACUGUAAAGUCCAACAGAGUCCGUCUUCAAUUCAAGGGUGAAAAAGGAUUUGGUCUGGACAACCGAAAUCUCAACACACCCGGAGAUCCCGAUCAUCUUUAG